UCCGCUUUAGAGGAUCUACGGGCUCGUAGUUUCCGGUAUUACCACGUGGAACUCCAGUUUGGAUGCUUUCGGCAUGGCGGUUUUUGCAGGCCCAGCCAAGCCGCUUCUGUCCCUGAACCCGCAGGAGGAGGCCGAGUUUCACAAGGAAGUGGCUCAGGUUCGCCGGCGCGCAACUAAGCAACAGAAGCAAGAAAAAGAAAAACUUACUCCUGGAGUAAUUUAUGUGGGCCACCUCCCUCCAGCACUUUAUGAAACCCAGAUCCGAGCAUAUUUCUCGCAGUUUGGCACUGUUACAAGAUUCAGAUUGUCCAGAAGUAAAAAAACUGGAAAUAGUAAAGGCUAUGCCUUUGUGGAGUUUGAAUCUGAAGAUGUUGCCAAGAUAGUUGCUGAAACAAUGAAUAAUUACCUUUUUGGUGAAAGACUCUUAAAGUGUCAUUUUAUGCCACCUGAGAAAGUACAUGAGGAACUUUUCAGAGAGUGGCAUAUUCCGUUUAAGAAGCCAUCAUAUCCAGCAGUGAAAAGGUAUAAUCAGAAUAGGACACUUCUUCAAAAGCUGCGGAUGGAGGAGCGAUUCAAAAAAAAAGAAAAAUUACUCAGGAAGAGAUUAGCUAAGAAAGGAAUUGAUUAUAACUUUCCUUCAUUGAUUUUACAUAAAAAGGAGAAAAGCAAUGCUUCAAACACUGAUCUUUGUAAAUCCACAAAUAGCCAGGUGUUACCUAGGAAGAAGGAAAAAAAGGUUUCAGCCACACCUAACACUCUUCAGAAGACUGUGAGCAGCCAGGACCCCACACCAGUUUGUACACCAACAUUUUUGGAGAAACGAAAAUCUGAAGUGGCUGAAAUGAAUGAUAAUGAAGAUAAUGAAAUAGUUUUCAAACAGCCCUUAUCUGGCAUAAAAGAAGAAACACAAGAAACUAAAACACCUACACGUUCAAGGAAAAAAAGAUGAAGAAAAAGCCAUCAGUGAUUCUGAAUAUAUCAUGUAUACAUUUGGAAAAUGUGAUUUUAUGGUGAGGGCUGGAUAUUUUUUGGGGGGGGGGGGGGGUUUGCAUUUAAAUAGAUAAAGUAGAGUGCAGCUUUCAACAAGAUUAGAAGAAACACUGUUGGUUCAUGUCCAUAAGGGAAGUAAUCAGUAAUUGUGGCCUGCCUGCCCUAGCUGAAAUAUAG